AUGAAGCCCCAAACGAUUCUCGCCACCUCCCUGCUCCUCUCCACCGCCGCCGGCGCGCCGCUCCCCAACUCCAACCCGAAUCCCAACUCGGCAAACGUCGGCCGCGCACCCGCACCCGGGCCAAAGGCGAGCCCAGACCCGGCGAUAUGCUACGGCGGACAGCAUUGGGAAGGCUCGCAGGUCAGAGAACCGCGGUUGUACGGCUGGAUCGUAGGGGUCUCGAAGGGACCACAUGCACGAGAGAAGCAGAUCCAAGAGAGCGUCACGAUGCCAGAGAAGAAUGAAGGACGUCAAGAAGCGAGAGAGCACAAGAUGGUCAAGAAUCCAGAGAGCGUGGGAGCAAGACGCGAGGACGUCAAGAAUCCAGAAGCGGCUCGUUCGGACUCGUGA